AUGUCGACUGAGUACUGGCACACAGGAGGGAGCACAGGGCUAUUCAUGCGUGCUGCUUUACGGACUCUACAAUUCGUGUUUGCAGUCAUCAUAGCCGCUCUCUACGGCGUCGACCUCGCCCAUUCCACCGCCACCAAAUCCCGCGCCAACAGUGCCUGGGUAUUCGCUGAAGUCGUAUCCGCACUCUCAAUUAUCACCUGCGCAGUCCACUGCUUCGUCACCGUAAAACGUGUAGCAUGGUGUGCCUGGGACUUUUUCGUCUUCAUCCUUUGGAUCGCGCAGUUUGGUGUCUUUGCCACUGUAUACAUUGGUGGUGGGACAGAUUCUGCGGAGGGCUUUGAGACACUGAGUGUAUCGCGGAUGAAAGCGGCGGUAUGGUUAGAUGCUAUAAAUGCUCUCCUUUGGUUCGUGACUUUUGUCAGUGGCAUCGCGUUCUGCUGUACCGCAAGACGAGUAACGAGAGGAACUAAGAAGGGAGACUUAGAAGCGGAGGCGCAAGGGGUUUUUACCCAGGUGCCAGAUGGAAGUGAGAUGGCGAUGGUUGAUGAUAAAGAAGACCUUGACAAACUUGGAAACAGAGAUUCCGAGGAGAAAGUUGAUCAUCUUAAGCCGAAAGACUCGGAUCUGGAUUCUCUGGCUACUACGUUGACGGCUGUGGAUUCGUUGGAUUUGGCGGUGGAUAUGACCAAACUCGACGAAGCCUCAAAAGGCAAUCAGAACGUUAUGUAA